CACUAAAAACAUUACACGCUAGUUUUAUACAUAAAUUGACUUACGAUCGACAUACAAGUAUUUACUAGAAAAAGGAGAAAAACUAUAUACAAAAGUCGGGUCGAUCAAUCUAUAUUUCAUACAAAAUUCCACCAUGGGACGUUGGAUCAAGCCCGAUGUAUAUCCACUAAUAGCAGCAAUGUCCUUUGUCACCGGUAUGUGCAUAUUUCAACUAACAAGAAAUGUGCUUCUAAAUCCUGAUGUAAGAAUCAACAAAGCUCAUAGAACGACGGCAGUAUUGGAGAACUAUGAAGAAGGAGAGAAAUAUGCAGAGCAUGGUUUUCGCAAGUUCUUAAGGACUCGUUCACCAGAAGUUAUGCCUACCAUUAAUAACUUUUUCUCUAACAGUACUGGAAAAAACUAGCUCAUACCAUUUUCAAUCAAGAUUUAUUUGUCAUAGAAUUAUUCAAAUAAUUUAUUUUUUUCACCGUUGUUGUACUAUGAGAAUGAGAUCCAUCCAUCUUUUGUGUAGUACCAAGUAUUUGUUUCAAUAAAUUUGUAAUACCAAGUAUUUAUUUGGGGUUUGGUUUAUA